AUCGGCACCGUCGUCUGCACUCUCCCAUCGACAGAUUCCACUGUUCUGCAAUUAUUUUACCCCGCGUUCUUCUUGUACGCACGUCCCAUGUGGGGAGCCAAUUCGGAAAUAUCGAAACGAAAGUCUCUAGGCUACAUUAAAACUGACGACCAUAAGACGAACUCCUAUCGUUGUGUGUAGAUCAGGCUCCGGUGCUCACAUAAUAUGGCCAGAGGCAAGAAGAAGGGCCGUCAGCAGGCUGAUUCUAGUGACGAUGAGCCGAAACAGUCGAUGGCGACGGCCGCUAAUGGAUCCGACGAAGACUUGAAGACCAACAACGCUGCUCAGGCUCCGAAAGCGAAGAAGAAAGAUAAGAAGAAAUCAAAGAAAAAAGCCGACUCGGACAAUGACAGUGACAUCGAUGCUUCGAAAUUCAAAGUCAAGCCCAGUGAGGAGAAGGAUGUUGAUUCCGAGGACGAUAUGAUCGUCGCGAUGAAACCGAAAGCCAAGAAGGAUAAGAAGAAGAAGGCCGGGUUCUCGGCUCUGGCCGUCGAGGAUAGCGACGAUGUUGCGGUUUCAAAACCGAAAAGUGCCUUCUCGGCUUUAAUGGAGGAUCAAGACCUCUCGGACGAUGAGGACUUAGGAGCGCAACCGAAAUCAAAACCACGGACAGGAUUUUCCGCUCUGGCAGACAGCGACGAUGAUGUCAAUGUAGUGAAGCCAGAAGACUACCCGGACUCAGAGGACGAUAAGAAGCAAAAGAAAGAGAAGAAACCGAAAGAGAAGAAAGCCAAGAAAGGCAAGAAGGUUGAAAAGGAACCUACUGAAGAAGAGGAUCUCGAUAAACUGCUCGCUGACAUGAAUAUUGAAAUCAAGGACACGGGCAAGAAAGAAAAGAAAAAGAAGAAGAAAGACGCCAAAAAUCAAGAAGACGGAGCAGCUCAAGCGGGGGCUACGGUCGCAGAUGCCGAUGUCGACAAAACGAAUGACGUCGUAGCACCUGAAGGCGUCCCUGACAGCGCUGCUGGGGACCAAGAUACCAAACCAGAAGGCGAAGAAGGAGCAGGAGGUGGUACAGAAGACAAGAAGAAGAAGAAAAAGAAGAAGAAGAAGGACGAGAAGGAGUCCACCCCGCCUGAUGGCGAAGAUGCGGAAUCUGCGGAGUCGAAGCUCGAUAAAACCAAGCCUGGGAAGAAACCCAAUAAGGCUAUACUCCAAAUGCAAGAAGCUCUCCGCAAGAGAUUAGAGGAAGCCAAGCGACUUGAAGAGAAAGCUCUGGAAGACGAACGACGAGCCGAAGAGGCCGAAAGAUUGAGAGUGCAGAAGCUACUCGAGGAGAAAGAACGCGCGGAGUUGAAAAAACAACGGGAGAGGGAGAAGAGGGAGAAGGCGAAGGCGGAAGGAAAACUUUUGACCAAAGCUCAAAAACAAGCUCAAGCCAGAGCUCAAGCGACGCUUCAGGCGCUGAGAGAGCAGGGCGUGAACAUUCCGGCCGCUGGUGGCGAAAGAGCGUCUGGGGACAAACCGAAGCGAGCUCCACUGACGAGACGCAAGAAGAAAACUCAGGAAGAAAGUCCACCGAAAGACGCAGCUGGAGAGAAGACUGCAGAAAUAGAAACCGACUUGAAGGAUGAACCGAUUACUCCGUCAACCACCGAGAGUUUGCCGUCUGUCGCCGAUGGAAAGGAAGCCGACGAUUCUGAAGAGGACGUCCGGGAAGCAUGGGACGCGACCAGUGAGUCGGAGGCCGAAGCACCGAGCUCGAAACCUCAGACUGAGAAGGCGGAAAGGGUGAAAACGGUGGUCGAUGAGGUCAAGCCCACCCAGAAGAAAGAGGAAUCUUCCGAGGAAGAAGAGGAGUUGACCGAAGAGGAGGAUGAGUCAUCAGAAGAGGAUUCCUCCGAGGAGGAAGAGUCUUCCGAUGAGGAGGACAGCCAAGACGAGGAGGCCGAUAAGCAUGAGCGGCUGCGGCACAAAGUUUUGGAGAGAAUCCGGAAACGCAGAGAAAUUAAUGAGAAGAAUCGCUCGACGUCGAACCUCCGGAGCCCUGUAAUCUGCGUCCUCGGUCACGUCGAUACCGGAAAGACCAAGAUCCUUGAUUAUAUCCGGAGGACGCACGUGCAGGACAACGAGGCUGGAGGCAUCACUCAGCAAAUCGGUGCCACCAUGGUCCCGCUCGACGCGAUUAAGGAACAGUGCAAAGCGGUCAAAGAUUUUGCCAGCAAACCGCUCCGGAUUCCCGGGGCUCUGAUCAUCGACACUCCGGGGCACGAGUCGUUUUCCAAUCUUCGUUCCAGAGGAUCGUCUCUCUGUGAUAUGGCUAUUCUCGUCGUAGACAUCAUGCACGGCCUCGAACCUCAGACCAUCGAAAGCAUAAAUCUCCUGAAAGCCAAACGAACUCCGUUUGUUGUCGCGUUGAACAAAAUCGAUCGGCUGUACGACUGGAAGUGCAACAAACAUAAGGACAUCGUCGACGUCUUGGCCAAUCAGGCAUCAAACACGAAGCAGGAGUUCGACAAACAUACCGAUUUAGUCAUUACUCAGUUCGCCGAGCAAGGUCUGAACGCUGCCUUGUUCGACAAGAAUCCCGAUCCGAAGACGUUCAUUUCUCUCGUUCCAACAUCAGCCUUCACCGGAGAUGGGAUGGGAAACCUCAUCUCACUCGUCAUCGAGCUGACUCAAAAGAUGUUGGCUAGUCGUAUCGCUUACUCAGAUGAGCUCCAGGCCACCGUUUUAGAGGUGAAAGCCAUCCCCGGUCUCGGGACCACCAUCGACGUUAUCGUGGUCAACGGAGAGCUGAAAGAGGGUGACACCAUGGUCCUAGCUGGUCACGACGGACCUUUCGUGACUCAGAUCCGAUCGCUUCUGAUGCCUCAACCACUGAGGGAACUGCGUGUGAAAAACGCCUAUCAGGAGUUCAAAGCUAUCAAAGGAGCCCAAGGAGUCAAGAUCGCGGCCAAGGAUCUGGACAAAGCCAUCGCAGGUCUCAAUGUUCUGGUGGCGCAUAACAACGACGAGAUCGAGUUCCUCAAGGAGGAAAUUGCUCGUUCGUUGAAAGAAGUCAUGGGCAGCUUCAAACUCCACGAUAAGGGAGUUUACGUCCAAGCCUCGACUCUAGGAUCUCUCGAAGCGUUGCUAGUUUUCUUAAAGGAUUCGAAGAUUCCGUAUUUCGGCAUCCGGAUCGGUCCCGUAGUCAAAAAAGAUGUGAUCAAGGCAUCUGUUAUGCUGGAACACGACAGUCAGUACGCGGUGAUCCUAGCCUUCGAUGUCAAGGUCGAGCGAGACGCGCAAGAGUUGGCCGACCACACCGGAGUGAAAAUCUUCUCAGCUGACAUAAUAUAUCACCUCUUCGACAAAUUCAUGGCUCACAGAGAGGAGCUCCGUCAGAAGAAACGAGAAGAGUUCAAGAACAUUGCAAUUUUCCCAUGCAAAUUGCGGAUUCUACCCCAGCACAUUUUCAAGACGAGAGAUCCCAUCAUAGUAGGGGUUAUGGUUGAAGCCGGCAUUGUCAAAUUAGGGACACCGAUUUGUGUACCUAGCAAGGGAAACAUCUGCAUAGGCUCUGUCGCCAGCAUACAAGUCAAUCAUAAACCGCAAGAGACGGCCAGGAAAGGUGAAGAGGUCUGUAUACGUAUAGACAAUACGACAGCCGAAGCACCGAAGCUGUACGGGAGACACUUCGAAUACACAGACAUGUUAUGCUCGAAAAUCACUCGGGAGUCCAUAGACGCUUGCAAGGAUUACUUUAGAACUGACUUGACGAAACAAGACUGGGCGCUGAUGGUCGAGCUGAAAAAAGUUUUCCAGAUUCUUUAAUAAUUGAUCACUCCUGGAUCAUGCCGUCACUUAUUCAGCGGGUGGGCGCAGGAUUGUUUUGCGUGGUCGCUUGUGGAUUGAGCUGCGCUUGUCAGGGUUCCGAAAAGAAACACCGCUCUCUCGAGCAGUGAUUCCGAGGCGAGCUUCGUGUGUAGGGGAUCAUCUCGGUGUCUCACCAUGACGAGGUCCCCACUACCGGAAGCUGCGAGCGUAAAUGAGAUCGAGAAUGAGCCAAGUUGUAAAGAAGAUGUUCGAGAUAUAUUGGAGUCUUAUUCUGAGCGUUGACUUUUUCCGAGAGAAUAGGAACUCAAAUCCAUAUUUUUCUUGGGAGAGCGAGCAAAAUUUUGAGAUGUCGAGGAGUCGGGACUGAAUCAAUAAAUGUUGCAUUGUCUUU